CGCACGUGCCCUCAUCAUCAUUUAACACGGUAAUCGGUUUAUGGCUACUUCAUUUAUACAGCAUUAGCCGGUCCGCGCCGGUUGCAUUGCUCAACACUCAUUGCUAGCUGGCCAAAUAUCUGCAACCACUAUGAGCGCAGACAAAGCCCCCAUGCAUCCACUGCUGGCGCGGUACCUCACGCAGCUGUCGACAAACCCACUGCGCACCAAGGCAUUGACGUCCAGCACAUUUUGUUUCCUCCAGGAAGUUAUUGGAUCGAACGCAGCCGGUCUCCCGCCACCUCAAAUCCCAAAAGAUGCGGCCCCCUUGACGAAAGCUCUCUCGCGCGCACGUAUUGACUCCAAGGCCAUCAAGAUGGCUUUGUACGGGUUCUUCGUGUCUGCUCCUGUGGGACAUUUCCUCGUCGGCACGCUGCAGAAGGCUUUUGCUGGGAAGACAGGGCUCAAGGCUAGGCUGGGGCAGCUUCUUGCGAGCAAUUUGCUGAUUUCGCCAAUAAACGCGGUUGUGUUCUUGGCCUCUAUGGCUGUCAUUAAUGGUGCCAAAUCCAUCGACGAGGUCAUCCGCACCGUAAAGGGUGGCUUCUUCUCCGUGCUCCGAGUAUCAUGGGUGGUUUCCCCGUUGUCCAUGACCAUUGCACAACAGUUCAUUCCUGUCGAACUGUGGGUGCCUUUCUUCAAUACGAUGCAGUUUAUGGUCGGCACCUUCAUGAAUAUCAAAAUGAAGAAAAUGAGACUCGCCGCAGCAAGGAAGGAAGUUGAGGAACGGGAGCGAGAGAAAGCGAGAGCGGCCAGGGUAGAAAGAGACUGAUUACCUUAUCUUGUAUACACAUCGUGCGUGUAAGUGAAUGUCAUACUUACACUGUUUUGUUAUAUCCGUAAUAUAUUCCCUAUGCAUACAUUAUA